AUGAGCACAACCUUGUUUAGAAUGGCCCAAUCUACACUUCAAUAUCACCGUUCUAACAUCUUUAUUCUGCCUUUCUUCUCGACAACGGCUAAUAAAAAGCCUGAACAAUGGCUUAAAGCUCUAGACAUCAAAACAUUGCCCGUAAGAAGCUUCUCGUUCCAAUUCGAUCGAUCUAGUGGUCCUGGUGGACAAAAAGUCAAUAAGAGUAGCACAAAAUGCACCAUGACGAUCUACGGGUUUUCAAAAUGUCCAUGGAUCCCACAAGAAGUACGAGAUCAGCUUAUGGCUAAAAACUUACGGUACUGGGCGCGAUCAAAGGAUUGCAUUGUCAUACAGUCCGAUCAAACUCGAAGUCGAGAGACUAAUAAAGAGCUUUGUCUAGACAAGUUUGUCAAAGAGAUUAAGGACGUUUGCUGGUUUGCCGGACCGGUAAGCGCUCAGGACAAGGAGAAAUGGGAAGGCGUACGACGCAAGACCAAGGAAUUCCGACUUCUAGAUAAAAAAUUUCAAAGCGACAAAAAACAACUCCGGCGGAAACAAAAUUUCCUCUGA